AUGAAUAGUUCAUAUCUAUCACAAAUCUGUUUGUCUGUCUGUCUCUCUCUCUCUCUAUAUAUAUAUGAAUUGUUUAUCUAUCAUAGGUCAUUGAAAUCUAUCUAUCUAUCUAUCUAUCUAUCUAUCUAUCUAUCUAUCUAUCUAUCUAUCUAUCACUUAAUUAUUUUUAUUUCCUCGUUCGUUUUUUUUCUCUUCAUCUCUUUUCCUUCCUUGCCCACCUACCCACUUUUCUUCUUUUUCUUUUUCUUUUUUUUCUUGUCUGUCUGUUUGACGAUCGGUCUAUCUAUCAUUUUUGCCUCCAUCCGUUACUUCCAUUUGUCGCCCCGUCCUUUUAUAAGUAUCUCCAGCCCGACCCCUCAGCGAAACAAAAUUCUCUUUCCUACCGUCAAUGUCUUGCCUCUGCUGCUGGAGCAAUCUGGUCGGGAGAUGGUUUAUACCCAACCCCAUCCUCUAACUUGCACCCCCCACCACCACCAUCACUACCAACGAACUACAUAG